CACACACACACUUUCCUAGCUUUGCUCCACUCCAUUCACGUCCGCGUUACCUGUCUCUGGCGCGCGUCUCCCUGAUUUCCGUCGUGACUGAGGCCGUUCCUCAGAGCCCCAACGCCCACGCGCUCUCGUCUCCUCUCCCCCUUUCCUUCUCUCUCUCUCUCUCUCUCUCUCUCACCCACUCUCUCUCAUCUCCCUUCAUCCCCCUCAGCCCCUCUCAUGCUCCCCACCCACCACUUCAAGUGAGUGAUCCGCGUGUCCGUGGCGCGCGGUGCGUCUGCAUCUGCGUCUGCUCCUCAUCUCUCCAGCUCUGGCCCUUUUAGAAGAAGAAGAAGAAGAAGAAGAAGAAGAAGAAGAAGAAGAAGAAGAGAAAAAAAGGGCAGCAGGCAAAGUUUCCCGCCGAUCCAUUUUUCUGGUUGCCAUAGCGAUGCGCGAGGACUUGGAGAGGUGCGGCGGUAUUGGGAUGCAGCGACAGCACUUUGCUCGCAAUGUGAAUUCACACGCCGCCAGCGAUGGAGCUUCUCCGAGACUGCGUUCGGAGCGAGCGACAAGGGUUGUGAGGCCAGCGUAUUGAGCAGCGCACAACACCCUCACACACAUUCCCAGAGCAUGCCUAUGAGUCCACCUGCCGACGGCAAACAUGAGGCUCCCGACAGGCCGCGGCAACAGCACGCCCCUACCAACGGAAACCACGGCGACGACAGCAUUCGUGGCUCUCCGGGGUCUAAGGGCGUCUCCAACGAUUCCAUGGAAGAUCUCCACGGAAACGCCGUCAUUAUCCGCAUCGGAAUCCCUGACCUUCAGCAAACAAAGUGUCUGCGCUUGGACUUGGAGGCUCCGGUGUGGGUGUGUAAGCAGCGGGUUUUGGUUACUCUGACCCAGAGCCUGACUGAUGUGCUGAACUAUGGCCUCUACCUCCCGGCUUUCAACGGCCGAGCCGGCAAGUUCCUGGACGAAGAAAGACUGCUCAGGGAGUAUCCUCUCCCUACUGUCACACCUGUACCUUACCUAGAGUUUCGCUACAAGAGGCGUGUUUACACUCAGAGCCAUGUGGACGACAAGCAACUAGCCAAACUUCACACUAAGGCCAAUCUGAAGAAGUUCAUGGAGUAUGUUCAGCAGACGAGUGUGGAGAAGGUCUGCAGGUUCCUGGAGAAAGGGCUAGAUCCCAACUUCCAUGAUGUAGAAACUGGAGAGUCGCCUCUUACCCUGGCAGCACAGUUGGAAUCGAGCGCUGACCUGAUUAAAGUUCUGAGGAGUGGAGGAGCUCACCUGGACUUCAGAACCAGAGACGGCAUCACUGCACUACACAAGGCCGUACAGACGCACAACCACGUAGCUCUAACUACCCUGUUGGAUCUGGGAGCGUCUCCGGACUAUAAAGACAGCCGUGGGCUCACUCCUCUGUACCACAGCGCUAUGGUGGGGGGCGACCCGUACUGCUGUGAACUGCUGCUGUAUGAUCACGCUCAGCUCGGCUACAGCGACGAGAAUGGCUGGCAGGAGAUCCACCAGGCUUGUCGACAUGGAAAUGUGCAGCACCUCGAGCACCUGUUGUUCUACGGAGCUGAGAUGAGUGCGCAGAAUGCCUCAGGAAACACAGCGCUGCACCUGUGUGCUCUCUACAACCAGGACGGAUGUGCCCGAGUGUUGCUAUUUCGCGGAGCAAAUAAAGACAUCAAGAACUACAACAACCAGACAGCAUUCCAGGUGGCCAUCAUCGCAGGGAACUUUGACCUGGCUGAGAUCAUCAAGAUCCAUAAAACCUCAGACGUAGACUGUCUCUCUGUUACAGUGCCUUUCAGGGAGAGUCCCUCAUACUCGUCUCGGCGCCGUGGGGUGUGUGUGUCCCCACGCCGCUCCCUGAUGCGUUCGGCCAGCGAUAACGCACUGGACGAGAGUCUGCCCGCACCCUCUCCAGCCCCUUCACUACACAGCCUGCCCCCUCUGGAGCCUGAUAACACCGUACCGAGCCCACACAGCCCACAGGGAGGACACACACGCAGCCUCAGGAGACACACCCGUGGCCAUCUCAGCCCUGGCAGCCCUGUGCAAAGGGAUCCCAGUCCCCCUGCUGUAUCCCGAGGGCCAAAGCGGAGGCUCUACAGCGCGGUGCCUGGCCGUACCUUCAUCGCUGUCAGCUCACACACUCCGCAGGGUGAGGGUGAGAUCACACUCAACCGCGGGGAGAGGGUCAAAGUGCUGAGCAUAGGUGAAGGAGGAUUCUGGGAAGGCUCAGUUAAAGGACGAACCGGUUGGUUUCCUGCACACUGCGUAGAGGAGGUUCAGCUCAGACAGUACGACCCACGACUAGAAACAAGAGAAGAUCGCACCAAGAGGCUUUUCAGGCAUUACACUGUCGGAUCCUAUGAUAAUUAUACCUCCUACAGUGAUUAUGUAAUUGAAGAGAAAACUGCCACGCUGCAGAAGAGAGACAGUGAGGGAUUUGGCUUCGUUCUUCGAGGGGCUAAAGCUGAAACUCCAAUUGAAGAAUUCACUCCGACUCCUGCUUUUCCCGCGCUGCAAUAUCUGGAGUCAGUGGAUCUGGAUGGCGUUGCAUGGAGGGCAGGGCUACGAACUGGGGACUUCCUGAUCGAGGUGAACGGGGUCAGCGUGGUGAAAGUGGGCCAUCGGCAAGUGGUCUCUCUGAUUCGGCAAGGUGGGAGUCGUCUUCUUAUGAAGGUGGUGUCGGUGACACGGAAACCUGACACGGGAGAUGUUGUUCGUAAAAAAGCUCCUCCACCACCCAAGAGAGACCCAAGCACGAGUUUAACCCUGCGCUCCAAAAGCAUGACCGCAGAGCUGGAAGAGAUGGCAUCAAGGAGAAGAAGGGGAGAGAAGUUGGAUGAGAUGCUGAGUUCUCCGAAAGAGCCCGUUGUGGUGAUGAGGCAACGGCCUUCAGAUGCAGACUCCAGAGCAGCCACUGUGAAACAGAGACCAACCAGUCGACGCAUAACACAGGCUGAGAUUAGUUCUCUGUUGGAGAGGCAAGGGAUGCAAAUAGCUCCUGGAGUGUCUCUUGGUGUGGAUAAAAGUCACAUGCAUCUGCAUGGGAUGACCAGAACUAAAUCAUUUGGUGCACCAGAAGAUGACAGAAUAUCUGCUUUAAUUGGGGAGCACCACUUUCCAAGAAGCUCCUCAAUGACUGACAGCUUCCGACAAGACAGUAUCCCACCCCCUCCACAAACUGCACCUCCCCCUCCUCCAACUCCGUACUUCAUGGAAUCGGGUCCUCCCCCAUCUUUCUUGCCUCCUCCACCCCCAACACGUGCAGCCAAUCAGACUCGUUCAAGCUUCAGACCAGGUGCAGAACCCAAGCUCCACGGUCCUGUCACGACUGACCGCCAGAGGAAGGCUCGUUCUAUGAUUAUCCUUCAGGACACCGCCCAUCUUCCAGUAGAGCCCGCCCCUAUUGCCAGGCCAGCAACACCUACCUCUGGGGCAGCUCCUCCUGAGCGUGGUCGUAGGCGUGGCCAGCCUGUAGAGAAUCCGUAUGCCAACGUGGGCCGUUUGAGUGCAGUCUAUACUCCUGCCAAGCCCCAGCGCAGGAAGAGUCCACUGGUCAAACAAGGCCAGGUUGAGGAGGGCACAGCUGGCCAGGCUGGUACUGGUAGGGAUCCCUCUCCCCUAGGAGGCGCUCGAAUCCCUCACAGCAGCCGAGCAGAGCAGUUCCAACAGCAGGUGCUCUCUGAGAGGGCUAGGAUUACACCUCCGGGAGCUCGACGCAGAACCAGUGUGUUUCUGUCUGUUGAGGGAAGCACCAGUGAGCCUCAAACCACCCCAUUACUCUCCCAGUCACACUCAGUGGAUGAGCUAGCUGAGUUGCCACCUCCAGCACCCAUGCUUUCUCCUGGUCUGCCACCAGGGGGUUCAACAUUUAUACAUCCUCUCACUGGGCGUCCUUUGGACCCCUCCUCUCCAUUAGCACUUGCUUUGGCUGCAAGGGAACGUGCACUCAGUGGCCGUACUACACCCACUCCCACACCCACUCCCUCACCAUCACCCACUCAGGGCAGAGCAGUGGAGAGACCAGAGACAGAGGGAGGAGUCACACCACCUGCUGCACUUGAGGCUUCACCUUCUGAUUCCUGGAGGGAAGAGCCUGUCAGCAUCACAACAGAAACUGCUAGCCAGGUGACUAAUGGCAGCCCUGUAUCUGGGAGAAGUUUGGAGGAGUCCAUGGUGUCACCAGCUGUGCAGAUAGUCCAACCAGCAUUGAUGGACACAGAGCACAGCCAACCAGUAGUUCCACCUUCCAUGCCUUCACCUGCCCCAACCCUCUCAAACCUGGCAGGGCGGAGCAUGACCAUGAGUUCGGAGGAGGAAGCGGAGCCCUACACAGUCACCUUGCCCCCUGUGCUUCUCUCAUCUAGUGAUGAAGAAACCAGGGAGGAGCUUCGCAAGAUUGGCAUAGUCCCACCCCCUCAACCCUUUGCCAAUGGCCUUCUAAUAAAGGAAACGCCCAAAGUCACUAUCAGCAUUUCUCCAGGGGCGUCUCCAAGGCCUUCUAUAGCAAAGAUCGCCUCCGGCAAAGCAAGCGACUCCACGGCAGACUCUGGCGUCGAGGACCCGCACAUGGAGACCACUAGUACUGUUUCCACAGUCUCCAGCAUGUCCACUUUGUCAUCAGAGAGCACAGACUCUGCCCACGCCAGCAAGCCACGUUGCGGGGUGGGCCGCGGCCGCCCCGCCCAUCUCAGGGACCCACUGCUUAAACAGUCGUCAGACAGUGAGCUGCUUCCACACCCACCCAGCACAGGCCCAGUCCGCCCACGCUACCUGUUCCAAAGACGCUCUAAACUCUGGGGGGAGGAGCCCAGGGCUCAAGUGGGCAUAGCCGAUGAUAGUAGGCCUGCUGCAAUGGGGGCAGAGUUACUAAGUAAAGAUACUCACUCUCUAGGGGAGGAACCACCAAUGGGAACACUUGACCCUGGCAGAAGGUCACCAGUGGGUGGCGCCAGAUGUGAGGAGAAUGGAGAAGAGAGUAAAUCACUCUUCAGCAGCCUUGGUGAGCUUCACACCAUCUCACAAAGGAACUAUGGCACCACUUUCACCAUCCGCCCGGGCAGCCGCUACCCAGUAACCCGCAGGACACCCAGCCCGGGGGCAACUCCGGAGCGAACUGAGCCUCUGGGGCCAAUGCGUGCAUUUGGUCCCCACCACCACCACCAUCACCACCAUACCAUCCUCAAGUCCUCCAGCCUGAGCCUCCCACAGGAGCCCAAGGAGGUGCGCUUUGUCAUGCGGAGUGCCAGUGCUCGUGCCCGCAGCCGCUCCCCUUCUCCGUCGCCUUGUGCCUCCCCCUGCCCCUCACCGGUCCUGGGCACCCCACUCCUGGCCCUGCGGCCCUUCAGACAGCGCCCCCUUGCACUGUGGAGCAAGUAUGACGUAGGCGAGUGGUUAGAGAGUGUGGGACUAGGGGAGCAUCGAGCCCGCUUCAUAGAGCAUGAAAUCGAAGGUGCGCAUCUACCUGCACUCACCAAGGACGACUUAGCUGAAUUGGGGGUGACACGGGUGGGGCAUCGGAUGAACAUUGAGCGUGCACUCAAACAGCUGUUGGAGAGCUCAGGAGCUUAAUAAAUUCUAGAGAAAAGAGUUAAAUAAAGUCCUUGCCAAAUUGUACCACUACUACUUACAGGCCAGUAGCUAAACUGGCUAAAUGAUUCCUCAGCCUCACACAGGCCCUCCCUCAUGACUAAUACACUUGAUUGAACACAUCCAAGCACAAUCCCAAAGCGUAAGGCCUUUACGCUAUUUAGUCACAAUUGGUAUUUAAUCUGUAGACCUGUUGUGCUGUGUUUGAAAGUGAGUUGAUUGAUUGGCCACAUGCCCCAGAAGGGAUCCAUCUAGUCAGUGGACUGGACUGGACUGGCAUGGCUGCUAUAUUACAAAGAGAAGAAAUAAGGAUCUCAGUAAUUCACUGUUGGGAGCAACAAAAAAAAACAAAAAAACAAUCAAACACUUAGACCUUUUAAAGCCAAUGCUUCCAAGUGCCCAGGGUUUACAAUUCAUGAUAUUUAUUCACAGUCUUUCAGUCAAAAAAUGCCUUGCAGGAAAUUUCAUACAACAACAUACUGGAUGAGGCUUGUAAGUGUACAAGUGACAAUCUCCCCUUAAAGGUGCACUAUGUGGAGACAAAUUAAGCAAACCUUUGUUUUUUCAAGUAGGCCAUAAUUAAUAAUAUGAGCUAAUAUUUGUGUGGAUGUUUGAACUGGUUCCACUAUUAUUUAUCAUUCAAUCUGUCUAUGACUUUUUUGUAACAGUGUACUUAUGUGUUCGUAGCAUAAAUUAGUUUAUUUCUAAGGAAAUUAAGCAGCAAAGACACGGAAUAGCGAAAGGUUCGUGAAGCUAUCGAAGCUAAAAUUGUCAGUGCUCGGCAUCGAUUUUUGAUUUACGAUGAUGUUCAGUGUAACAAUCCAACAUAAUGCACCUUUAACCCUGAUACAACCUUUCAUAAUACAAGCGUGGCCUUGAGAUAGUACUGCCGCCAUCUAAAUUUGAUAAAGAAGAGUAUUUUCAGGAAUACAGUCAGUUUUAUAUGUAUAUGAUAUAUAUGGGCGUAUAUAUUCAAACAACAGAAUGUAUGAGUGUUCGAUGAAAUAUGCGUCUUAUGCCCUGUGUGUGUUUAUUUUAUCAUAUUUUACCUUUGUUACGUUAAAAUAUGAAUCAAUAGCCUACGCCCAAUCAUAGUUACUAUCUUCCCCAUAGUAUUCCUUGUGAGUUAGAUCGAAAAUAUUUGCAGUAAAAGAAAAUCUUUCGUAACCUUAGGAAUCGAGUUGAAACACCGCUUAUUGUUUUUUUUUUUUUUCGUCAUUUAUGAAUAAAUGUGAGGUGAGAUUGUAUAUUGAGUAUUUAUUUUCAAUUAGAGAGGCACUUCAAUACUAUGGGGAGUAGGUAGCAGUUCUGUUACCGUUUUUGUGUUCUGGAUGGCUUAACAAGGUGUCAUGAUUUCAAUGCGAUUUGUAAAAUUAUUUGAUCAAUAGAUUGUUCUUUUGUGUAAUUAGGACUUUUGUUAUAAAACAGGCUUCGGUUGAGUGAAAAGCUAAUGCUACUUAAGGGCUUACAAUCAUGCUAAUCGUGUUUAUGAUGCACAUGUGGACUGACACGAUUGUACACUUUCCGACAGAAAGAUACUCGGAGGUGACACCGAUCACUAAGCAUCAAGGAAUCUAAGAGGCAGUUUUUUGUUUUUUUUUAUUUUAAUUACAAGAGCCAUGAAAAUACCAACAAGCCCAUGUGAACGCGUUCCAGUUCAAAUUAUAUAAUAGUAAAAAGGCUUUUCUUGUAAUGCUGUGAAAGUCAGGGGACUUAGCUGCCCCGAACACUGCCUUCGAUGACGUCCAAACCUAGCACAGAAAUGCGCUUUAAAUCCCAUCCAAUCUUUUUAACAAUAACCAAAGUAAUUGAACAUUUCAAUAGUGGCUCUGUAACCAGAUCCGUUUAAUCAUAAUGUUAAACGCAAGAUAAAUUUCACGUCUAUCUGUCGCCAGAAUCCUACCACGUAACUCAAGAGACUCACACUUGCCUCUCAUCCAGAUGAUACAUUUGCACAAAGUGGAGGGUGCUACUUUUUUAUAAGCCAUUUGCAUAGAACACUGCUGUUCUCCCUCUCUCUCUCUCUCUCUCUCUCUUUCUCUCUCUCUCUCCGGUCCUCUCUCUUCCUAUCAGAUGCACAAACACAUCCCACUCAAGCACAGAAUGAUACACAGCUUCAUCGAGGGUUGACAGUACCCGGUAUGCAGCUGGCAGUCUCGGUAUGGAUGUAAUAUCCAUCAGGGUAUAACAGAUCUUGAGCAUGUAAGAGCUGUUGAGUUUGCUGAAGCAAUGAACUACUAUGAUGACUGGUCAGUGUGUGGCACCCACUCACUCAAUUUAGGAACUAAAAGGACCUCUUCCUUUGGAGUUUUGAUGUUUUUUUUUUUGUUUGUUUUUUUUAUUUUAUUUUAUUUUUAAUGUAUUUGUUGUUGAAUUCAAUUUAGUAAUUCAAAGUCUGACCAUGUAUGCUUUCAAGAAUAUUGUACCCAAAUAAUAAGUUGAAAUAUUUAUAAGUCUAUUGCUCAUGGUUAUGAGGGUGAAUCUGGCACAUUGUCCUGGAUGAAAUGAAAUGAAUUGAAAUGAAAUGAAAGAGCCUGGCCAUUUCUGUGUCGUGUUCCUCCGCCUGUAUGGUCUUGGACUGCAUCACAUGACAUCACUUGAUGUUUAACCAAUAAGCUGUUAGAUGCAAACAAACACGGUGCAGGGUCACGGAUAUCCAGGACCGAAUGUGUUAACGAUACUCUAAAGCAAUUACAAAAAAGCAAGCAAACUCAAUGUUGAUUAUUCUGUCUGUUUAGUUUAUCAUAUGAGAUUUAAAAAGUGUUGAAGGAUCAGCAAAUAUCACUAACACAGUUAGACGCAUAAGCAUAAGGAAAACAUCACAGCCUUCCAAGAAUGCUCUGUUUCUAUCCUUGCGGAAGGCGUUUAAGUUUAAAAAGUAACUACAUGCCUUGUAUGACGGUCUUUUAUUAUUAUUUUUUUGAUAAAGGAAUAAUGCUGAAACCUU